AUGGCUGCGACAUCGUCAAAUAUCGUAUUUGAUGACUUAUUCACGAUUAAUGCGAUUGACAAGGACGGUAAGAAGUUCGAUAGAGUCUCCCGUCUAUUUGCGCAUUCUUCAAACUACGAUAUGGACCUCACGCUUGAUUACAACACUGAGCUCUACCCGCUAAAGAGUGGGGAAAGCUUUUCACUCGUUCUAGCCUCUUCACUCGUACGUGCUGUCGAAGGAGGAGCGAUAAAUGGUACAGAUGGAACCGAGGAGGAGAAAGACACGCAUAUUUGGAGGCCAGAUGGGAAAGGGAGGCGAGGAUUGGAAGAGGAUUACGAGUAUGUAAUGUAUGGGAGGGUGUAUAAAUUUGACGGAGGAACGGCGGAAAUCGUAACUGCAUAUCUAUCAUUUGGCGGUUUACUUAUGAGUUUGACUGGUUCAUAUCGACACAUGACGGGAAUUGUCCUCGGCGAACCUGUGUACCUACUCAUGCGAAGAUAA